UGGGAAGGAGCACUGCUCAAAGAAAACACAGAGAACACCCACGGGAAGAGGGCAGGGGCUUGGCCCAGCUCGUUUACAAGAACCCGAGCGUCUGGAUUCCUCACGUGUGUGGCAUGGAGUGCACAUUCCGUAAGCUAUUCCUCGAUUUAUGCCUUUUUUAUUAGCUUCUCAAUAAAGUUCUGUUCUUGGAAAUAAUGGAUGGAGGUUGCUUUUAUUUGUUUCUUCCUUAAUUCAUUUUCAUCUACGAAGAAGAAGCAGAAGCAGAAGACGACGACAAUGAAGACGACAAAGACAAUGACAACGAUGACGAUGGAUGAAGAAGAAGAAUACGACGAAGACGAAGAAGACAACAAAGACGACGACGAAGACGACAACGAAGAAGAUGCAGAUGAAGAAGACGACGAAGACGACAAAGAAGAAGACGACAACGAAGACGGAUGAAGAAGAAGAAUACGACGAAGACAAAGAAGACAACGAAGACGACGACGAAGACGACAACGAAGAAGAUGCAGAUGAAGAAGAAGAUGACGAAGAGGAAGAAGAUGACACAGACGAAGAAGAUGCAGACAAAGAAGAUGACGAUGAAGAUGACGAAGAAGACGAAGACGACGAAGAAGACAAAGAUGAAGAAGAUGAAGACAAAGAAGAAGACGAAGACGAAGAAGACAAAGAAGAAAAGGACAAAGAAAAAGACAACGAAGAAGAAGAAGACAAGGAAGACAAAGAAGACGAAAAAGAAGACAACGACGAUGACGAUGAAGAAGACGACGACGAAGACGAAGAAGGGGAGAGAGAGAGAGAGAGAGAGGGUCCAUCCUCUGGUUCACUCCCCACAUGCCCGCCGGAGCAUGAGACUCUGUCCUGCUUUGUCAUGUGGAUGGCAGGAACCAGCCAUCACCUGCUGUCCGCUGGGACGCAUCAGCAGGAAUCCAGACCAGAAGCAAACCCAGCGCUCUGA